AUGGCAUCCAAAGACUGGCAAACCAUAGCUCAGGGGAUGCAAGACCACCGAGCGCGUACCAUAGCAGCGGUUGAGCCAGCUGUGCCCGACGUACCCGAUGAUCUGCCAUUGAACGUUACACAGAUACCAAAGAAGCUCCUGCCAGAGGAGACUAUCGCAAUCACAGAGUUGACAGCCGAACAACUUCUCCCUCAGUUGGCUUCCGGCAGACUGACGGCUACCCAAGUAACGAAAGCCUUCCUCCAACGUGCCGGCCUGGCAAGCAAACUUGUGAACUGCUGUACUGAACUCCUCCCCGAACGUGCUCUGGAGCGGGCCAAGUAUCUCGAUGACUACUUCUCCGAGCACAAGACGCCCGUCGGCCCACUGCAUGGCCUCCUGAUCAGCGUAAAGGAGCAUAUAGGCAUGAAAGGUCUCGACCUCAACGCUGGCUUCGUAUCUUGGGUUGGCCGCAUUGCACCAGACGACGCCGUCAUUCUGAAAUUCCUCUGGAAAGCUGGAUGUGUCUUCUACGUGCGUACCACGCAGCCGCAGACGCUCAUGCAUCUGGAGACAUCGAAUAACAUCUACGGUGUUACGGUCAAUCCCUACAACACUAAGUUGACAUCUGGCGGUAGCAGUGGCGGCGAGGGAGCUCUACUUGGCCUGCGAGGCAGUUGUUUAGGUAUAGGCAGUGAUAUAGGCGGCUCGAUCAGAAGUCCAGCCGCUAACAAUGGCCUCUUCGGACUACGGCCUACGUCUUUCCGGUUACCCUUUGCGGGUUGGAUGGCUACGAUGAUGGGUGAGGAGCAAGUCAUUCCGGUCAUUGGGCCUCUAAGUACGAGCCUCGAAGGCAUUCAGAUCUUCAUGAAAACCGUCCUGGACCAGGAGCCAUCGAAGAUCGAUCCUUCGCUCGUUCCGAUGCCCUGGAAGACAGAGUCUCAACUCCGCCAUAAAGAUGGCAAGCGAAAGCUCCGCGUUGGUGUUCUCAGUGACGACGGCAUCGUCAAACCCCACCCUCCAAUCCUACGCGGCAUCAACACGCUCGUCGAGAAGCUCAAAACUCACCCGGACAUUGAAGUUGUUGACUUCCCGCCAUACAAACCGGACGAAGCAUGGCGCAUCAUCGCCUCCCUCUACUUCGGCGACGGCGCCUCGGAAGAGAAGGAAGCCAUUGCCGCUUCAGGCGAGCCGUGGCGGCCGAUGAGCGACUUCAUAAUCAAGAAGAACCCGUUUGUAAAGGAGCUUACUGUGCCGGAGGUUUGGGACCUGACCAUUGAGCGGGAAGCGUAUAAGGCUGCUUUCGCCCGUCAUUGGAAUAGCGUGGGCACUGGGUUGCCUGGACCGGAUGAGAAGGAUUCCAGCACGUUUGCCGGCCCGCUAUCUGAGGAGAGUGAGGAGAAGCUGGUGGAUGUUGUUUUGUGUCCUGUCGGCCCCUCAUGUGCUCCGCUGCUCGAGACAGCGCGGUACUGGGGCUACACAGCGCAGUGGAACCUGGUUGAUUAUCCUUGUCUGGUGUUUCCAACGGGGUUGCAGUGCAGUGAGGUUGAUAAAGUGGACUCAGACUAUCACCCGAGAAACGAGAAGGAUAAGUACAAUCAUGAGCUUUACGAACCGAAGUCCUAUACUGAUGCGCCUAUAUCACUGCAGCUGGUUGGGCGGCGCUACCACGAUGAGAAGGUCAUUGAGGCAUACGAGAUGAUUGCAGAGGCAGCUGGUUUGCCUUUCUCGUAG